CUUCACAGCAUUUGUCGUCGCAAGAAUUUUAAAAUUAUUUUUAUGAAUCUUGUAUCAUUUUUCCCCAUUAUUUCCAGGUCAGAGCCAAACUCAGAAAUAAAUCAGCGCUUCCUGAACAAGUGAACAACCCAAAAUUUUGCAGUUGAAUUCUUGUCUUCGGAAUUGAAAAACUAUUUUUUCGUAGUUCAACGUCACACAAAAUGGAUUCAAACCUAGAAAAGAAGUGGAAAUGCCUUCAUUGUUCGUCGACGUUUAAAUACAAAGGUCAAAUGGACCUUCAUCUCGUGACACACGACCCAAACGCAAAAGUCAAAUGCGAGGUUUGUAACAGGAUUUUCAAGAAUCCUCCUUCCUUAUCUUCCCACGUGUCACACAUGCACACCAACCGGAUCCAUCCUGCUUGCAAUAUUUGCGUCAAGCCGUUUUCGACCCGUUCCCAUUUACGGAGACACAUUGACGCCGUCCACAACAAGAAGGAACGAUCUCGUUUACAUUGUGAAUUUCCUGGUUGUGAAAAAACCUACUUGAACAAGGAUGCCGUUUCGAAACACGUGAAAACUGAACAUGCCGAGAAUCCAAUCCGAUUUCCGUGUUCACUUUGUGGCAAAGAAUUUAAAAGCAAAGGUGAUCUUAAGUACCAUAUUUUCACCCACACGACGGAGAAGCCUUUUAAAUGUGCCACCUGUGGGAGGGCUUUCAGCCAGAAAUCGAGCGUGACGCGUCAUGAGAUGACACAUAUUCAAAAGUCCAGCCGAGAAACCUUCCAAUGUCAGCUUUGUCUGCAGACUUUCAUCAAUAGAAGAAGCUUCCAGACACACAUCCGGGUGAUUCAUGAAAGUCGGAAGAAUUAUACGUGCCAAUUUUGUGACAAGAGUUUCUCCUCAUCAACCAAUCUUCAUUUCCACCUCAUCAACCUUGAAGGUUCACGUGGAGGCGGUACACGUCACGAAUAAAGAGCGGGUCCAUUCCUGCGACAAAUGCGAGUACAAGAGCCAUUCUAAAGUCUAUUUUGCUCAACACGUUAGACACAAGGGUGCGACUCAUGAAUGUUACUUUUGUGGAAAGAAAUUCGUCACUUUUUCUGAUUUGGUAAGACACUGUGGUCGGCUUCGUACCAUGGAGAAGUAGGAAGUUUGUUGAGUUUUGUUCAAUUUACACCAUUAAAUUCUUCACGAUGAUAGAGAAAUUUUGCUUUUUUUAGAUUUGCAAAGAUUUAGAUUUUUUUGCGAUAUUACAUACUUUAUUUUAUAUUUUUUUACAUGAAUUGUCUACUAUUCUUUUGUAUUGCUUUACUAUUAUACUUACUUUAUAAAAAAAAUCUUAUGAUAAUGGUAUUAAUUUUUUAAGUCUAGGUAAUUACUAUAAAUAUUUAAAUGUUUGAAACAUUUUAAGUAUGCAUUAUCUGUAACAUAAAAAUUAGUUAACAUUAUGUGGAAAAUUAAUACGCAUUUUUCGAUAUUACUUAUUUCCAAAAAUUAUUGUAUGUCAUAUUUGUACUCCUAAAUAUGUAAUAACACGUUAAUGAACAAAA